AUGCGGGCCUUUGGUUCUCCUCCACGCCGCAGAUCUCUUGGAAAGACUCAACAUCAAUCAAUGGGACGAGACAGCAGAGCCUGGGAUCCUUUCGCCAGUGAGAAGAAGGAAGACGCCCCUUUGCAAAGAGUGAAGAACGCCAUAAUGCCGCAGAGUGGACGUCAACGCUUUCUGCGCCCUCUUGGGGCGAUGGCAGCAGUAGUGCUAUUAUACUGGCUGUUCUUCUCCAGUAGUACAGGCAGUGUCAGCAAUUUAGGAGGAAAGAAUACAUAUUCGACAUCUAAUUCUCCAACAACGAAAUGUACAAAACCUUACGAUUCUACCAAAUCACUCGUUCAAUAUGCGAUAAUGAUUGACGCUGGAAGUACUGGGUCGAGAAUACAUGUGUAUAAGUUCAAUAAUUGCGGCCCGACACCAGAACUAGAAAAGGAGGAGUUCAAAAUGACAGAAAAGAGGCCAGGUGGCUCUGGUUUGAGCUCGUACAAGACCGAUGCAGAGGGUGCAGCUGCAAGUUUAGAUCCUUUAAUGGCUGUGGCUGUGGACACCAUACCAGACGAAUACAAGUCAUGCACACCUGUUGCAGUAAAAGCCACCGCAGGUCUCAGAUUGCUUGGUGAGGAAAUGAGUAGAAAGAUUCUGGAAGCUGUUCGCAAUCGGCUUGAGACUGUUUAUCCUUUUCCUGUCGUUUCUGAAGAGAAGGGUGGUGUCGAAAUCAUGCCAGGUGAGAUGGAAGGUGUCUACGCCUGGAUCACAACCAAUUAUCUUUUGGGCAAGAUUGGAGGACCAGACAAAUCUCCUACUGCUGCAAUUUUCGAUCUAGGCGGUGGCAGCACCCAGAUCGUAUUCGAGCCUACUUUCCCAGAAGCCCCGAAAGGUGGUAUGCCGACGCACAUGGAAGAGGGUGAUCACAAGUACAAGCUCACCUUUGGUGGACGACAAUUCGAGCUUUAUCAACAUUCACAUCUCGGCUACGGACUGAUGUCUGCGCGAAAAGCUCUGCACACGCUCAUACUGGACAAUCAGGUCGAGGCGAACCCCGAUUCUCUGGCAUGGCUUCAAGAGCCGAUUGCCAACCCAUGUAUCGCGCCCGGCAGCGAGCGCAAAGUCAACCUCACUUUUGAAUCUACCCACCCCCUGAAAGGAGACCAAAGUGUGACUAUGUACGGACCUGCCGACUCAUUGCCAGCCCAAUGCCGAAGUCUGACCGAAGAGCUUUUGCGUAAAGAGGUCAAGUGCGAUCUUGCCCCCUGUUCCUUCAAUGGCGUUCAUCAGCCAAGUCUCGCUAAGACAUUUGCAAAGGAAGAUCUUUAUGUCUUCUCGUAUUUCUAUGAUCGAACCAAAGAUCUAGGCAUGCCAGACAGUUUCACUAUCAGGGAACUCCAUGACUUGACUCAUCAGGUGUGCUCCGGAACAGAGACCUGGAAGACCACUUUCGCAGGCGCCAAGACCCCUGACGGUAAGAAGGUACUGGACGAGCUUGAGGAUCGGCCUGAGUGGUGUCUUGACUUGAACUUUAUGUUGGCCCUACUCCAUACCGGGUAUGAGCUUCCUAUUGAUCGAGAGGUCAACAUUGCGAAGAAAAUUGGUGGCAAUGAGCUGGGAUGGUGUCUCGGCGCUAGCCUGCCACUUCUCGAACAAACCUCCGGGUGGCAGUGCAGGCUGAAGCAAGUUUCGUGA